CUGUGAUCUCUCCAUCACUCCCUCAUUCUGCCAUUUGCUCCCCUGCUUUUAAGACAGGGUGCUGUUUUUUUUAAUUUAUUUAUGUUUUAAUUCCAUUCAUGCAUUAGUGUGUGUGUGUGUGUGUGUGUGUGUGUGUGUGCGCGCGUACAUCAUCAUUAUCACUAGUAUUAGAAUUAUUAUCUUCAUUACCUGUGUGAGUGUGUGAGUGACUCUUAUUAUUCCAGUUCAAUCAAACCUGCUCCAAUGUAACUGCACACUGUCCUCCCUCCCUCCCUCCCUCCCUCCCUCCUCUCCCCUCCCUCCUUCCCUCUCUCAACGCUCUCUCUUACUCUCUCUCUAAUUCCCUCCAUCCCUCUCUCUGCUCCGAUCAUUAUUCUGAGCUUUAUUAUCGAGAAAUAUCCGAGGUGCUACAGAGAUACAGACCCAUUUUGUCGUCUUUUUUCUUUUUUUUUUUUUCCUUUUUUGUUAAAAAAAACCCUGGAUUCCUCAGUCUGUGCAUUUGGACCAUGUCAUAUGUUCCUUUCAGAGAUGCCCGGUGUGCCCCCCCUGCUCCCCCAGUGUAUCGCAUGCCCCCUUACUCUCACUCUCCGUACGAGCGGCCUGGCUGGAACCCACGUCUCUGUGUGAUCUCAGGAAAUCAGCUCUUUAUGUUAGACGAGGAAGAGGUCCACCCCUUGUUGAUGCGGGAGAGGAGAGCAGAGACGCAUCGAAACAAGCUCCUGCGACGCACUGUGAGCGUCCCUGUGGAGGGGAGACACCACACUGAGCAGGGUAAGAGAGGAGGGGAGACACCACACCAAGCAGGGUGAGAGAGGAGGGGAGACACCACCCCGAGCAGGGUGAGAGAGGAGGGGAGACACCACACCGAGCAGGGUGAGAGAGGAGGGGAGACACCACACCGAGCAGGGUAAGAGAGGAGGGGAGACACCACACCGAGCAGGGUGAGAGAGGAGGA